AGUUUGUGUGUGUUAAAGUUGGAGUUCUCUGAAUGUGAGAUGCAUUUAGAGGAAGAGGAAUCGAGAAGUUCAGCUCCGUGCACAAUGUAUGAUUUUUUAAAGAUUUUUAGACGCCGCUAAUCUUCCGCAUUUCUUUCUGUUUUCAGCUGCAUGUGGCUGCUCUUCACAUUUUGCAAUUUUAUGAGGAAUGAUCUACGCUGCUUCUUUUACUGCCUUCUGAACGUGCUGCUGAUUCUUCUAUGGACACAGAUUGAGGUGCAGCGCCCCGUGCAGACAGCGUAACGUGGAGCCAGGAAGAUGCCAGCUCCUCCUCCCCCACCACCCCCGGGGCCUCCCCCCCCUCCGACCUUUGCAGUAGCCAACACAGAGAAGCCAGCUCUCAGCCGCUCGGCGCAGAGUGGAAGGAACGCUCUGUUGUCCGACAUCUCUAAAGGCUCCAGAUUAAAGAAAACCGUCACCAAUGAUCGCAGCGGACCCUCGCUGGAUAAACCCAAAGGAGGAGGCGGUGGCGGCGGGGGAGGAGGGGGAGGUGGAGGUGGAGGUGGAGGAGGAGGAGGUGGAGGUGGAGGUGGAGGUGGAGGUGGAGGAGGAGGAGGAGGAGGAGGAGGAGGAGGAGGAGGAGGAGGUGGAGGGUCUCCUUCUGGUUUAGGUGGCCUGUUUGCUGGAGGGAUGCCCAAACUGAGGUCUGCAGGAGGCGGUAGUAGAAAUGACUCAGCACCCAGCAGAGGACCUGUGUUCCCACCAGGAGGCCGCUCUGGUGGUCCCAGCCCCUUUGGUGGUGGUGGGGGUGGAGGCUCCAUUGGCCCGCCUAAACUCCCAGCAGCCCCUGCUAGCGUCCGUAACAGCGUCCCUGAUCUUCCGAAGGGCCGACCAAGUCUCUCAUCCAGACAAGACACUCCAGGAGGCCCCCCACCUCCUGUACCCAACACACCUCGACCCAACCAGAGCUUCCAGUCUCACGGGAGCCCGUCUCCCCCGUCACUCCCUGGAGGACCCCGGCCCAGCCCCGCUUUCGGACCUCCUAGCGUCCCACCAGGGAGGCACGGACCUCUCCCGCCCCCACCAGGAGGCCCCUCAUCUGGGUCGAGACAAGGGUUCUCCGCACCUCUUCCUCCAACCCCGAACAGCAGCAGACCCUCCUUACCUCCCACUCCUGGAGGGAGGCCUCCACUCCCUGACGACAGACCCCUCCCUCCCCCAGCUCCUGUGGGGGGUCACAGGCCAUCUAUGCCCCGCGAUUUUCCCCCUCCUCCUCCUCCCUCUACCAACUCCAAGCCUCCCUCCGUCGUCUCUUCCUCCUCUCCCUCUCGGGCCUCAUUGGGUGGGGGUGCACCUCCUCUUCCGCCGGGACGACCGGGACCUCCUCCUCCCCCCUCACCGGCUGGAGGUGACGACCACAACAUGCCACGCCUGCCCCAAAGAAACAUGUCACUGAACAGCAGCCACGCUCCAGCUCCACCACACGGUCGGUCAGGACCUCUCCCUCCUCCCCCCAACGAGAGACCGCCAUCUCUUGGGAGGAACCAGUCCUCCACACGCACAGGUCCUCUGCCUCCCCCUCCUCCCUCAGGUCGUAGCACGGGUGGGGGCAGUGUGAGGUCAUCAUCAGCGCCUUCUCCUAUUGGUCGGCCUAGCCCGGGACCUGGCGGUAGACCUCCCUUGCCUCCAGACAGGCCCGGUGCAGGGGGGGCUCCUACUCCUCCACCGCCCAUGGGGAACGGCUACCACAACCAGAUACAGGACGAGUGGGAAAGUCGGUUCAAUUUCCAUCCGGUGUCGGACCUUCCUCCACCCCAGCAAUACGUCCCAUCACAGAAGACCUACCCCAGCAAGAUCGGCAAGUCUGACGGCAAGUCUGAUGUCAAGUCUGACAGCAGAGGUUCUGGUAAAAAGGAGAGAGGAGCUCCCCCUCUUCCUCCUCUACCCAGGUGAAGAAGACGUAGCAUCCAAAAAGCCCUGGAACAACUUUCUCUGCUUCUCUCUCUCUGUCUUCCUCCCCCUCUAUGUUACGCUCAUUGUGCUUUUUACCUGCGGCAUGUGGUCUCAUACAUGUGAAAUGGACCUGAAGUAUGGGGGACCAAGUAAAAGGACAAACUCACAAUGUGGAGUUUGCAUCAUGUGCCUCAAAGACCAAAGCCUGGGAACACUCCGGUACACUGUGUUCAGAAAAUGUCUUUUACAACCAUACUAGACCUUUGUUUUCUGAUGAAAAACAGCAGUAGUUUCAUCCCUUUUUAUUCCAUUAACUCACUUUUCCUCCUCUCAGUGUUACAGUCUGUAAAUUGCUCGCUAGAUAUUAUAUUUUACAAACCAGCUACAGAUUUUGAAAUUACUCUUACUCGACAAACACACCAACAUUUUGCAUGUAGCAUUUGUCUCGUCCCCAGCCUGUUUUCUCACACAGCACUAGAUGAAGCUUAAUGUUACGGCAAUAUGUUUGCCAACAAUGGAGUGCACGGGUUACAGUGCGACCAAUUGGAUUGUGUUGGCUUCUUCUGUUCCAGUGUUUCCCCUUGUGCCUUGUUCAGGAUUGUUUUUUCAGGCUGCUUACUUAAGGGAAUACACCUUUUUUGUGCCUUAAAUUAUGUAUGAAUGUUUUGUUCAGCUGGAUUGGAUCACCUGCUGAUGUAAACAGAAGCAAUAAAGCAGCUUCGAUUGCUUCAACAUACUUAGAGAAGUAGUGUCUUAGUCGUGUCGAUGCAAAGACAGGCAUGAAACCAAACUAAAAAGCACCUCUUGCCACAGCUGCGUGAGACCACCAGGGGAGACGCAGGUGUUUUUCUUGCCAAAGCCUCAUGUGCCUUCACAGUAUGCACAUCUGCAUCUGUGUGUUUCUGUUCCAACAGGUACUUUUCAUUUGAUGGUCAAAUGGGACGUGAGGAUGCAUUUACUGUCUGUGAUUGUUUUAAAGGACGUUGUGUGGUGUUACGGUAGCGUUGGUGUACAAUAGAAGUGAUUCUUAUCUUGCCUGUUUUGUUAAAAAGCUGCGUAUGAAGGACCUGUGUAUGUAUCUUUAUGAUUUAAUCACGUGGUAUUGAAGGACUGUAUUAUUUUAAGUUAUGUUUCAGAACUGUGCAGUAUUACGUUUAGUUUUAUUUUUGCUUCAUCCAGCACUGCUUCAAAUGGUCUUCUGUAUUCGUGAUGUAUAUUACCAUGAGUUGGUCAAGGUAGGAUUCUCUUAAAGACAAUCAUAUGGAAGGAAACUUAUUUACACCAAUAAAUAAAAUGCUUUAAGAUGCUUCAUGUGCUCUACCAUCGGUGAACUGUGGAUUCAUUGGAAUAUGCGGAUCCUCAAGCACAAGGGACGGUGGAGUGAAAUAUUAUGUAUUACCGAACAAUAUGCAUCAUUUACAUGUAUGUGCAAUAAAGCUGGACAAUGAUUCAA